GGGAGGCCAGGAGGCCGCUGCGUUCCGGGGAUGGCUGGUGUGUAUUCUUGGAGACAGGGUCGACUUGCUCGGCCAGCUCCAGGUUAAGGCCCGAGGGUCGGGCCUGGCCCGGCCCGCCUGCACCUGAGCCCCACGACCAGAGAAGGCGAGGAAAGCAGCAGACCGCCCUGUGCUGAGGCCCGUCGUCCCGGUGCGAGCAGAGCACGGCCGCCGUGGUUGGGCCAAGGAGGUGCUUCCGAACCCAGAUUUGCGGCUUGAGGUCUGCAAAGUGACCACUCCAGCAGCUCCUCUCGCGCUGUCCCCGGCCUGGCCCCUUGUGAAAAGAAUUGGGCGUCCCCCUUUUUGGAGCUGUCCCCCGCAACCCUCAGAAAACGCGAAACCUCACGAGCAAGGCCUCGGCUUUCAGAACGCGGCCCAGGAGAAAGACGGUGGGUGAGCGGGAGGGUCCCCGAGAUCCGGGGAGCAGUGACCUGGUUAGCAGAGAAUGUAUUUAUCGGGCAAAAAAACCCACCCUCCCACCUUGCGCUCGGAUCCAAGUUGCCUGAGAACUGAAACGACAUCCCAGGAUGAAUUGGAGAGGGUUCAACUGAGUUACACAUCGGGAAGUGGGGUUGGAGUUUCUCCGAAGCCCCAGGCCCCUCGGACGCCUUCUUGGGCUCCCGCGUGGGCUGAGACGGUUGGGACGAUCGCCAGACUCAGCUAAAAGGGCAGAGACGCGAAGAGAAGCCCGUGGCGAGGGGAGAAUUGGGGCUGGGGGGAGGCCUAGACAGCCCGGCAGAGGCUCCAGUCCGCUUUUUGCCUCCGACUGCUGGCUCCUUCCCCACCCGCCGUCCCUGGCCCCGCCCCGCCCCGCCCCCCACCUUGGGGCAGGUGAGCGGCGGCCAAUGGGCGAGCGCGGGGCAGGUGCCGGCUAACUCGCGCCUCGCAGUACAGCGGCCGAAGCUGAGCUGGGCAGUACUGGGAGGACCAGGGGCGGGGGUCUGUCCUGGCUGGACUCGGGAGGGAGGGGGCCGGGCUCAGCCCCCAGGCCGUAGAGGCAGCUCGCAGCAUCGCACGGAACCCGCGCCAGUGCCCGCGCCGGGAGCUGCCCGCUCGGCCCCAGAGGCCGGCGCGCCUAGCUGCGCGCGGUGGCCCGACUCCGCGUUCGCUCGCUCUCACGCCCCUCGCCUCACCGCGCCUGGCUCGCCUGCAGGGUCUGAGCGCGGGCGGGCGGGCGGGGGAGGUGAGGGGUGCUGGUGUGUGUGCAUGUGCCUGGCUGGGUGCACACCCCGCACGGCGGCGGCGCCAGGACGCGGAGCGCUCCCCAGAGCCCGGCUGCCUCGCUCGGCUCUGGCGACCGCGACCAUGUUCCAGCCCACAGCCAAGCGUGGCUUUACCAUCGAGUCCUUGGUAGCCAAGGACGGCGGCACCGGCGGGGGCACUGGCGGCGGGGGCGCCGGCUCCCAUCCCCUGGCGGCGGCCGCCUCGGAGGAGCCACUCCGGCCCACGGCGCUCAAUUACCCUCACCCCGGCGCGGCCGAGGCGGCCUUCGUGAGCGGCUUCCCCGCCGCCGCCGCCGCCGCCGCCGCCGCCGCCGCGGGCGCCGGUCGCUCGCUGUACGGUGGGCCCGAGCUCGUGUUCCCCGAGGCCAUGAACCACCCCGCGCUGACCGUGCACCCGGCGCACCAGCUGGGCGCCUCCCCGCUGCAGCCCCCGCACUCCUUCUUCGGCGCCCAGCACCGGGACCCUCUGCACUUCUACCCUUGGGUCCUGCGGAACCGCUUCUUCGGCCACCGCUUCCAGGCGAGCGACGUGCCCCAGGACGGGCUGCUUCUGCACGGCCCCUUCGCGCGCAAGCCCAAGCGGAUCCGCACGGCCUUUUCGCCCUCGCAGCUCCUGCGGCUGGAGCGCGCCUUCGAGAAGAACCACUACGUGGUGGGCGCCGAGCGGAAGCAGCUGGCCGGCAGCCUCAGCCUCUCGGAGACGCAGGUGAAGGUGUGGUUCCAGAACCGGAGGACAAAGUACAAGCGGCAGAAGCUGGAGGAAGAGGGGCCUGAGUCUGAGCAGAAGAAGAAGGGCUCCCACCACAUCAACCGGUGGCGCAUCGCCACGAAGCAGGCCAACGGGGAGGACAUCGACGUCACCUCCAAUGACUAGGGUGGGCAGCCACGGAUCCACGAGAGCAGAGCAUCUGCUCGCUGCUGGCCAGGGCCCCCAGGUGGGCCCAGCUGGACUCUGGCCGCUCCCCCGCCAGGCUUCGGGGAGGCCUCGAGCCACGGCCUCGCAGGGCUUGGAGCCUGGGGCCACUGCUGACAGAGGGACAAGAAAUGGGCUGGCUGAGGCCUGGGACUCCUCCACCAUCUCCUCAGAGAGCCCGCCUGCCUGGACAGGCCGCCGGCCACAGCAGCCUCCCAGCCACUCUCCACUUCUCUGAUCUCCUGUUUGUUUUGAUGCGUUUCUGUUUUAAUUUAUUUUCCAGGCACCCACUGUAGUUCUUAGUGAUUCCCUUGUAUCUCCCUUCCCUAUGGGAAUAAUAAAAGUCUCUCUCUUAA